AUGAUAGACCCAGCCAAGCUUCUUACUAUGACGUGGCAGCGCCAAAUGCUAGCUGAGGACGAUAUCAGAGAGUUGGUUUGGCGCGUUCAGGCCAUUCUAGCUCAAGAGCCAAACGUCUUAAACAUUUCCGGACCAGUCAACAUAUGCGGUGAUCUACACGGUCAGUUCUACGACGUUGUCAAGCUUUUUGACGUUGGUGGACGCAUCGACAAUUCAACUCCGAAGGAGGCAAACACGACCGUGGUUCCGGCUAACCUUAAGCCUAACACCUCCAUGAGUUCUAACGCCAAGGCCCUGCGAGUGCAUCCUACGCCCAAAAAGUACCUCUUCCUCGGAGACUACGUCGAUCGUGGAUAUUUCAGCUUAGAGACGAUAACCCUGCUUUAUCUUCUAAAGCUUAUGUACCCCACACAGAUCUACCUUAUCCGUGGCAACCAUGAGUGCAGGUCAAUCACACAGGUCUAUGGCUUCUACGAACAGUGCCAGCGUUACUAUUCCCACUCUGCAGUCUGGAAGCUCUUUGUUGAUUCCUUUGACUACCUUCCCAUUUCGGCUGUUGUGGACGAUAGGAUCUUCGGGGUUCACGGCGGUCUGUCGCCAAAGUGCCCUCUGAUAGAUACCAUUCGCGUGAUUCAGAGAUCAAUUGAAAUACCUAGUGAAGGAAGCUUCACAGACCUUUGCUGGAGCGACCCAGAGACUAAGGUAUCACUCUUCUCGCCUUCCACGCGUGGAGCCGGAUUCUUGUUUGGCGCCCAGGCCGUAGAUAAGUUCAACUCCGAUAAUGGCGUAGAAAUCAUAACCAGGGCCCACCAACUUGCUCCCCAAGGCUACCAGUGGUUCUUUAACAACAAGUGUUGUACUUGCUGGAGCUGUCCUAACUAUUUCUACAAGUGCAAGAACUUGGCUGCAGUGAUGGAGGUGGACACAAAUGGUGGUGGCGGAAUUUGCUUCUUACAGUUCGACGCCGUUCCGGACAACGAACGCGAGAAGCCGGAUUAUACCAAAAAGAACGGAUCUUAA